CCUCCUUCCAAAAUAACUCGUGACCGUUCAAUGCUUAAUUUUUAUAUCUAGCUAGCUAGAGCUACUGUACUCAUGGAGAGAGAGAACUCCCCCGAAUAUAUUUUUUUUAAGAGACUAAUUUAGCGCAAUUAUGGAGACAUUUUCAUAUUGAGACUCGCUCUAGGACAACGAAACAUGUGGAGAGUACAAGGGUUUGUUGGAAGAGGUGAACGAAAUAUCAUUAACAAUUUCCUCCAUUAACGUUAGCUAGCCAGCCUUGUUUAUGCACUCAGGUCGAAGUUUGCUAGAUUUUUCUAUAAAAGUGUAGUAUUGUUUUAUCUAGAUUUGGAAAUCAAUUAGCUAUCCAGCUAGCUAAUAUUUGAUUUGGCAUGACAGUACAGUGUUAUGCGCACGAGCUAAAAUCAUUGACAGGCUUGCUAGCUCGUAAGUUCUCUAAAGUUCUAGAAUGCACUAUGCAAGAAGUCUGUUUUUAAAACUAGGGCACAUCAUGCUCAGUGUAUGCGUAAACCAGCAUGUAGGUACUACUUUCUGCUCCACAUAUCGUGGUUUAUAUGGGUACCUUAAUUGACACUGUUGCCACCUAGCCGAUUAAACUCAACUCCAAUCGUUGCCUGGAAACCCGACGUAGAAUUGCAUAGAAUUCUACGUCGGCCAGAAAUUAGCGUUUGAAUAAGUAAUGUUCUCUCACGAUCUCUACAAACCAGAAUGUUGAAUGAAAUUAUAUGUUAACAUACUUUACCGUUGCGGUUGGUCUUUUACCGCUUGUCAGUGCGGUAGGUCCUUUUGGCGGUAAGAAUGCGAGACAAUAUACCCACAGAAAAGUACACUGAACAAAAAGAUAAACACUACAUGAAACAAUUUCAAAGAUUUUACAGUUAAUAUAAGGAAAUCUGUCAAUUGAAAUAAAUUCAUUAGGCCCAAAUCUAUUGAUUUCACAUGACUGGGAAUGACACACAAUAUAUACAAAAGUAUGUGGACACCCCUUCAAAUUAGUGGAUUCGGCUAUUUCAGCCACAGCCGUUGCUGACAGGUGUAUAAAAUCGAGCACACAGCCAUGCAAUCUCCAUAGACAAACAUUGGCAGUAGAAGGCCUUACUGAAGAGCUCAGUGACUUUCAACGUGGCACCGUCAUAGGAUGCCACCUUUCCAACAAGUCAGUUUGUCAAGUUUCUGCCCUGCUAGAGCUUCCCCGGUCAACUGUAAGUGCUGUUAUUGUGAAGUGGAAACAUCUAGGAGCAACAACGGCUCAGCCGUGAAGUGGUAGGCCACACAAGCUCACAGAACGGGACCGCUGAAGCGCGUAGCACGUACAAAUGGUCUGUCCUCGGUUGCAACACUCACUACCGAGUUCCAAACUGCCUCUGGAAGCAACGUCAGCACAAUAACUGUUUGUCAGCUGCUUCAUGAAAUGGGUUUCCAAGGCCGAGCAGCCACACGCAAGCCUAAGAUCACCAUGCGCAAUGCCAAGCAUCGGAUGUAGUGGUGUAAAGCUCGCCGCUAUUGGACUCUGGAGCAGUGGAAACGCGUUCUCUGGAGUGAUGAAUCACGCUUCACCAUCUGGCAGUCCGAUGGAUGAAUCUGGGUUUGUCGGAUGCCAGGAGAACGCUACCUACCCCAAUGCAAAAUGUAAACUGUAAAGUUUGGAGGAGGAAUAAUGGUCAGGGGCUAUUUUUCAGGGUUCGGGCUAGGCCCCUUAGUUCCAGUGAAGUGAAAUCUUAACGCUACAGCAUAUAAUAAUAAUAAUAAUAAUAAUAAUAAUAAUAUAAUAUGCCAUUUAGCAGACGCUUUUAUCCAAAGCGACUUACAAUGACAUUCCAGACGAUUCUGUGCUUCCAACUUUGUGGCAACAGUUUGGGGAAGGCCCUUUCCUGUUUCAGCAUGACAAUACCUCGUGCAAAAAGCGAGGUCCAUACAGAAAUGGUUUGUUGAGAUCGGUGUGAAAGAACGUGACUGGCUUGCACAGAGCCCUGACCUCAACCCCAUCGAACACCUUUGGGAUGAAUUGGAACGCCAACAGUGAGCCAGGCCUAAUCGCCCAACAUCAGUGCCCGACCUCACUAAUGCUCUUGUGGCUGAAUGGAAGGAAGUCCUCACAGCAGUGUUCCAACAUUUUUUACAUUUUAGUCAUUUAGCAGACGCUCUUAUCCAGAGCGACUUACAGGAGCAAUUAGGGUUAAGUGCCUUGCUCAAGGGCACAUCGACAGAUUUUUCACCUAGUCGGCUCGGGGAUUAGAACCAGCGACCUUUCGGUUACUGGCACAACGCUCUUAACCACUAAGCUACCUACCGCUAGUGGAAAGCCUUCCCAGAAGAGUGGAGGCUGUUAUAGCAGCAAAGGGGGGGACCAACUCCAUGUUAAUGGCCAUGAUUUUGGAAUGAGAUGUUUGACGAGCAGGUGUUCACAUACUUUUGGUCAUGUAGUGCACCUUUUUAAAAAAGGUAGAUGCGUGGAUCAGAAAACGAGUCGGUAUCUGGUGUGACCACAAUUUGCCUCAUGCAGCAUGACACAUCUUCGCAUAGAGUUGAUCAGGCUGUUGAUUGUGGAAUGUUGUCCCACUCUUCAAUGGCUUUGCGAAGUUGCUGGAUAUCUGCCGGAACUGGAACACGCUGUCGUACACGUCGACCCAGAGCAUCCCAAACAUGCUCAAUGGGUAACAGGUCUGGUGAGUAUGCAUGCCAUGGAAGAACUGAGACAUUUUCAGCUUCCAGGAAUUGUGUACAGAUCCUUGCGACAUGGGGCUGUGCAUUAUCAUGCUGAAACAUGGGGUAAUGGCGGCGGAUGAAUGGUACGACAAUGGGCCUCAGGAUCUCGUCAUGGUAUCUCUGUGCAUUCAAAUUGCCAUUGAUAAAAUGCAAUUGUGUUGUCCGUAGCUUAUGCCGGCCCAUACCAUAACCUCACCGCAACUAUGGGGCACUCUGUUCACAAUAUUGACAUCAGCAAACCGCUCACCCACAUCAUCUGCCCGGUACAGUUGAAACUUGGAUUCAUCUGUGAAGAGCACAAUUCUCCAGCGUGCCAGUUGCCAUCAAAGGUGAGCAUUUGCCCACUGAAGUCUGUUACGACGGAGAACUGCAGUCAGGUCAAAUUCUCUAAAACGGUGUUGGAGGAGGCUUAUGGUAGAGAAAUGAACAUUCAAUUAUCUGGCAACAGCUCUGGUGGACAUUCCUGCAGUCAGCAUGCCAAUUGCACACUCCCUCAAAACUUGAGACAUCUGUGGAAUUGUGUUGUGUGACAAAACUGCACAUUUUAGAGUGGCUUUUUGUCUCCAUCACAAGGUGCACCUGUGUAAUGAUCAUGCUGUUUAAUCAGCUUUUUAAUAUGCCAGACCUAUCAGGUGGAUGGAUUAUCUUCGCAAAGGAGAAAUGCUCAGUAACAGGGAUGUUAACAAAUUUGUGCACAUUUGAGAUAAAUAAGCUUUUUGUGCCUAUGGAAAGAUUUACACUUUACAUGUUUAAUUUUACAUUUUUGUUCAGUGUAUAAUUGCAUAAACUUUUCAAAGCACUGGUAGUGUAUUCAUAUUUCUAUCACCUUAAGCAAGCGCACCAGAUAGAAAUACAUUCACGAGAUACAUGCAUACUUGCUGAGCUCAUGCACAUAUUUAUUUGGUUCUGCGCAUGCUUCAGGUGAUAGAAAACACAAAUGCACUACCAGUGCUUUGAAAAGUUGAUGUAAUUAUACUUUCCUGUGCAUAUUAUAUUGUCUCGCAAUCCUACCGCCAAAAGGACCAACCACGUGGACAACCGGUAAAGUACGUUAAAAUAUCAUUUUAUUCAACAUUCUGGCUUAUAGAGGUCGUGAGGGAAAACUUUCCUGAGUCAAAUCCUAAUUUCUGCCUGAAGAUUAAUUAUAUCGUUGAGUUCAGUCAGCUAGCCUCCACUGUGCCAACUAUGAUCAACCAGUCUGUUUUGGUCUCAGCCGGUUGGGGGUCCGUUUACAAAACAUUUACUAACCAACCGCUGCUGUAACCUGUUUAGUGACACCUUGUGUUUUGUGGUUUGUUUGAACAUCCUUAUGACUAGAAAUACUUGUGUUGCACAGAAUACACAAGUACCUACACUGCCUUUAUUAAAAUGCAUAUAAAAUAUUAAAAAAGGAUAAUGCUUGUGCUCUGUGCAUGUGACUUUAACCCACUAUUAAAUGUGCAGCAGAAAUGCAGAUGGUAUCAGCAGUGUCUUCCGGGCUAACUCAAUACAACCCAUCUUGCUCCUCUGCCCCCAGUUUUUAGCCGGUGCCAUGGCAAUGCCCCCCUGCGCCUGUCUCAGAAUCAUCACGUGGAGGAUGAGGUCAUCAACACCUCCACUUUCCUCGGCCGUCACUCCCCCGACAGCAGGUACCUCAUCCCUUCAUUUUCCUCCCUUCUGCUCCAAACCCCAUAGUGCCCCCCCCCUCCUGCGAGGGCUGGCCACGCUUGCCUUGCAGCUGGUUGCAUCAUCCUGUUGCCCUGGACUGUCUCUGCUCAUGUAGAGUGCUGUUGGGGGAAACGGGGACAAACACCUUCUCUCAUGUCUCGUUAAGGCUCCUGCUGUGACGGCGCAAUAUAACUCUACAAGUUUAUACAAAUGUUAUUCGUAUCACCCACUCUUUCAUUUCUUUCUCUCACUCUUUCCACUUUUUCGUUCCCUCUCUCAGCUCUCAGAAAGGGGAGGAUGGAGACAAGAGAUGGAAGAAGAGGACCUCUCAGUUCUGCUACUCUGGGCUCCCGCGCUACACUGCUCUGGAUGCUGUGGGCUGGGUAUGACCUGGCCACGAACCAACACGCAAUCACAAACACAUUACCAAACAUGCACAAUAAAACAUCACUCUUCCACCUAAAUGUAGACUACAGACAAAUGUUCCCAAAUUUGCAAACAUAUAUUUCCCUUGCGAUGAUGAAGUUGACAUAUGACCUCUCUCUUUCUCUAGGGGGCAGCUGCGGUUCUGUUGAUCCAGAUCUGUAAGAAGGUCCACUCUCAGUUCUCCUCUGGGGCCGAACUCAACCCCAACACAGGAUGCCUGGCCAUACAGGGUACCCUGCAGAAAUUUGACUACCGCGUCCUACUGGAGAUACGUGAGUUAUGCCACAACCACUAUAACCUCAAGCAAUUCAUCCAGUGAAUUAUCUUGAGGUGUGACAUUCAGAUGUGGAAACUCUGAAACUCAUUUUGUUUGGGGUGGGGGGGUGGGGGGGGGGAUACAUUUCCAAGCAUUCUGAAAGUACAUGAAUGAGUCUGAUCUCCUUCCGUUUGUGUACGUCCAGUGUCUCGCUGUGACGUGCUGCCCAGAGGGAGGAGUGUGAACUGUCUGCCACAGAGACAGCAGGGCCAGGAACACAGCAGCAGCAGCAGUAGUAACAGCUUCAGUAGCCCUGGCCAGCUCCAUGGAGAUGUGAUCGCUGACGGUUUCCUCUCUGACCAUCACGACUCCUCUGGAAGAGGUCAAUCUCACAUUCGACCUUUUUAAGAGAUUACGAUCACUUUGUUGGCCAAUUGCAAACAAGGUCCAACUAAAAUGUGACUAUUUGACGCUUUUAACCCAAUCCCUCCGAACGACACACCAUACAGGUUUUGGAGAGGUGCGGGGAGCUGUUGUUGUGGGGGGGGGGUUAAGUGCCUUGCUAAAUGGCAUCUACAAUUUAAUACCAGCAACCCUCUGGUUGCCAGCUCACUUCCCGACAGAUUUUUCCUGUCGGACCCGGGAUUUGAACUGGCAACCCGCCGGUUGCUGGCUCUCCUAUAGCCGCUAGGCUACCUGCCACCCUUUACAGUCUAACAGUGUUUAGUCAGGGUAACAAUAUUUAUCGUAUGAGUCAAUGAAAUUGUACUCGUAUAAUCAUGCUCUUUAUAUAUCCAUGCCUACCAUAUUUCUUGAUUUACAAACACAGGCCUAAACGCAUUCAUAUGUUGUGUUCUUGAAUCUUCCCAUGUUACAGAGGAGACAUCCUUCUCAAAGUCCUCCCAUCCUGAAGACAAACACAGAGCCAGAAAGAGAGAACAGCCUCCGCAGCAGAAUGAGCAGGUAUGUUUUUAGGCUGAUUCUCUGUUUAACUCCUGUCUGAUUGUGAAGCGGCCUCCUGUUCAUGACCUCUGAUCCUUAAACCCUGUGUUCCUUAGGAUGCCCUAGCGGGGGCAGCCCAGAACCUCCAACAGGUGGCCGACUCCAGUGUUCCUGUAGUCCUCAACAUCAUUGGUCUGGAGAGUGCUCAGACUGGGGACUAUGAUGCAGCCUUCUCCUGUUUCCUGGCCUCAGCCAAACGGGGUUACUGCAAGGCCCAGUUCAACACCGGAGUCUGCUACGAGAAAGGCAGGGGCGUAAGCAAAGACUUGGAGAAGGUAAGAAACACUUGCAAACUCACAUAAUCAAUUGUACACACACAGUCCAAAUCUGUACUUUUAACAUUGGUGAUAUUAGUAAUUCCCCGUCCCAUUUCUAACUCAUGACCCCACUCGUCGUGUUCCCUCUCCAGGCUCUUCACUUCUACGGCCAGGCAGCGUCUGGGGGUCACAGUCAGGCUCAGUACCGCUGUGCCAAACUCCUCCUCAGCAGCAGAGGGCAGCAGAGCACACGGCAGGACCUGGACACAGCCAUCAGCCUGCUGCAACAAGCUGCCUCAGCUGGACUGAGAGAGGUGAGUGAGAAGGAAGUGUGUAUAAUGAUUGUGUGACUUGGCCUAAAAGACGACAUUGAAAGUCAAUGAUUUUAAGUCGUCUAUUUCUGUUCCUGUCUCUCCCGUUCCACACUCUCUCAGGCCCAAGUGUAUCUGGGUUCCCUGUUCUCACAGGAGCCAGUCAGAGAUGGCCGUAAGUCGGUGCACUACCUGAAGAUGGCAGCAGAGAGCGGAGUGAGUGACAUCCUCUACACUUAAACACUACAACUGUCAUUAUAGCCCACUCAUCCAUCAUAACCUGUUCUCAGUUCAGUGUAAUGUGAUGCUGAUGUGUGUUUCUCUCUGUAUGUGUAGGACAGUGAGGCCCUGCUGUUCCUGGGCCAGUGUUAUGAGAGUGGGUUUGGGGUGCCUCAGUGUUUCAGAACAGCAGUAGGGUUCUAUCAGCGGGCUGCCCAGGCAGGAAACAGCCAGGCCAAGACCUUACUGACGCCCCCGUAUGGAGUGGAGGGUAAGGAUACACUCAAUUCAGAUUUGCACUUAGCCUAUUUGCCCUAAAACGUAUUAUUUACACAAAUCUCAAUGAAAUACAAUCAUGUAAUGAUAUCAUCUCCCUCUCUCUCCCUCUAGAAGAAGCCGUCCUGCGCUCUAUCCGUUCUUCUCCGUGUUUCUCCGUAGUGGACCAUCUGCGGAAACCGCUCUCCACCCUCGCCUCCCCUGUCCCUCCCUCCAGUCGCCCCACCCUUCCCCUCCCACACUCCUGGAGCACAGGGAGCAUGGGUCCCCCUCCCACCCUGUCCUUCCUCCCCCUCCACCUCCACCCCCCCAGCUCUGAAGGGAACGCCGUGAGGUGGACUAUAGGAGUGGGAUAG